CUGGAUCAGAAAGCGGUGGUCCAUACAAAGACGCAGUGAGUCAGGUUUCAGGUUUCAGGCCCCGCGAGUCCCAAGGCUCUGAGUUGCUUUUGUUUGACUGGGAACUGAAGAGAGAGAGAGAGAAAAGAGGCGGAGAACGGCGGCAGAGAGAGACUUUUAGUUUGGAGUAGGUGAGAGAGAGGCAGAGUGGACUCCAUCUCUCUCUCUCUCUCUCUCUCUCUGCCAAUAUUGCACAUGAACAGGGCCACUCUAGUGUGGAUCUAAGCUCACAUCACAAAAGAUGACUUCACGUGUCCCACCCUGCUUCUCUGGAUUAUUCCCACUAGUCCUCUGGGUCUGCUGCCAGUGCUGCACCGCCUAUCAGCUGCUGGAUGACCAUGCUUCUCAGGGAGCCUUGGACCUUACAGAGUUAAUCGGCGUUCCUCUCCCGCCCUCCGUGUCCUUUGUUACUGGCUUUGAAGGUUACCCCGCCUACAGUUUCAGAGGGGACGCCAACGUGGGCCGCCUCACCAAGUCCUUCAUUCCUGACCCUUUCCAUUAUGACUUUGCCAUCACGGUCACAGCUAAACCCACUACACAGCAUGGUGGGGUGUUGUUCGCCAUUACUGAUGCUUACCAAAAGAUUGUACACCUAGGUGUAGCACUGUCAGAGGUGGAGGAUGGCUCCCAGAGGGUUGUGUUGUAUUACACUGACCCAGGAACAAGAGGUGGGACUCAAGAGGCAGCUUCCUUUAAAAUGGGCGACCUUACAGGAAGGUGGGCCAGGUUCACCCUGACUGUGCAGGGGGCAGAGGUGCGUCUCUACAUGGACUGUGAGGAAUACCACCGAGUUGCCUUUACCAGGAGCCUCCGGCCUCUAACUUUUGAGGCCAGCUCUGGUAUCUUCAUAGGAAAUGCUGGGGGGACGGGUCUGGCAAGGUUUGUGGGCUCCAUCCAGCAGCUGUUGCUGAAGUCAGAUCCCACGGCCCCAGAUGACCAGUGUGAGGAGGAUGACCCUUAUGCCUCUGGAUAUGGAAGUGGUGAUGAUGUUUAUGAAGAUGUAGAAAGUAGAGAGGAAGUGAAGAAGAUUGUGGAGGAGAGAGAGUAUACCAUGCCAUUGCCAACCAUCCCCACCCCUGUCUCUGAUCCGCCCACUGAAGCGACACCAGCCGAUAAUGAUGAUGAAGACACUGGAGAGGAGGAGGGAGAGAUGACCAUAGUUGAAGUACUAUCACCUGAAACAGCUACUCCAUCCCCCACAGUGGACACAUAUAAUCAUCAGUCCCUCCAGGUAUCUUCAGGACAGAAAGGGGAGCAAGGUGAACCAGGUCCUGCCGGCCCUCCAGGACCCCCUGGGCCUCCAGGACAAGCCACAGGAGAGGGACAGAGGGGAGAUCCUGGACCACAGGGUCCACAGGGACCACAGGGACCUUCAGGUCUUCCCGGAGUUCCUGGGAAAGACGGACAGCCUGGAAGCAAAGGUGAAACUGGUGUCCCAGGAGCCCCAGGGACUCCUGGAUUCCCAGGACUGCCAGGAGAGCCUGGGCCUAAGGGAGAAAAGGGUGACCCUGGUGUUGGACUGCCAGGUCCUCCUGGGCCUCCUGGACCCCCGAGCAGGUCUUCCAUGCCCCUGGAGGGGUCAGGAUUUGAAGACUCUGAAGAUGCAGAGAUUGUUAGAGGGCCUCCAGGGCCUCCUGGCCCCCCAGGAAAGCCAGGUCCUCCAGGAACCUUAUCUGAGGACAUCUUUCCUGGACCACCUGGGACCCCUGGGAAGGAUGGAGAGAAGGGGGAAGCUGGAGUCAGUGGAAAAGAUGGUGAUCCAGGGCCUGCUGGGGAGAAGGGAGACAAGGGAGAGCCUGGAGUUAAUGGGCAACCAGGACAGAAGGGAGAUCAGGGACCCCCAGGGUUCCCAGGCCUUCCAGGGUCAGAGGGUCCAGAAGGGCAGCCUGGUCCCAGGGGUCCCCCUGGGCCCCCAGGCCCCCCAGGAAGAAGCUUCAACGUUGACUUUGAGGACUUGGAAGGAUCUGGGAUGCAGAGUGGUUUCGGACCAGUAUUGUCUCGAGGCGCACAGGGCCCUCCAGGAAGCCCUGGACUUCAAGGACCCAAAGGAGAGCCUGGUGUUACAGGGCCACCAGGGCUUCCAGGACUGGAUGGACUCAAAGGAGCAGAGGGACCGAAGGGGGGUAAAGGUGAUCCAGGACAAAAGGGAGAGGCAGGGCGGGAUGGAUUCAGUCUAACUGGCCCUCCAGGACCACCUGGACCACCAGGACCCAUUUUCAAUCUCCAGGAUCUUCUCCUUAAUGCUACAGAUGGUGCCUUCAACUUCUCAGGGAUUUUUGAAGCUCAAGGACCUGCUGGACCACAGGGUCCAAAGGGUGAUGCUGGGUUGCCAGGUAUUCAAGGACCUACAGGACUGAAAGGUGAAAAGGGUGAGCCAGGGGGUUUCAUCGCCACAGAUGGAACUAUGAUGUCACAUCUGGCUGGUCCAAUAGGACCCAAAGGAGUCAAGGGGGAUAAUGGUGUACCUGGGCUUCCUGGAAUUCCAGGACCAGUGGGACCACCAGGACACAAGGGAGAGUUUGGAUUUCCUGGAAGACCAGGUCGUCCAGGUGCAAUGGGGCCUAAAGGAGAGAGGGGGGACUCUGUUUGGUUUCCGGGCCCUCCUGGCCCUCCUGGACCACCAGGCCGACCAGGAAUGUUCAACUGUCCCAAAGGAACGGUGUUCCCUAUCCCUCCCAGACCGCACUGCAAAAUGGCUAGCAUUUCAAGGAUGGUUCCAACAUAUUCCCGCAUGCUGCAUGUCCAGACUGGGGAGGUGAAGGCUCAGAGCCAAAAACAAUAUGAGCUUAAUCACAGUGGAACCAUCACAGUUGGGAACUGUCAGACAGGAGUAAAAGGAGAAAAGGGAGAGAGGGGCGUGCCUGGGAUGCCAGCUCCAAUCACAUUUCUUCCCAGAGGAGGCCGGCAGGGGGAAAGAGGCGACCAGGGUAUUAAAGGGGAGAAGGGAGACAAGGGGGAGGCAGGGUUGCCGGGUGUUCCAGGGAAGCCAGGACUUGUGGGACCCAAAGGACAGUCGGUGCUCGGUCCUGCAGGGCACCCUGGGAUGCCAGGCACACCUGGCAUCCCAGGCUAUGGGAGGGCAGGUCCUGUGGGUCCUCCUGGGCCACCAGGGCCUCCAGGCCGCCCAGGCUCACCAUCAAGAUACAGCUCAGCAGCUCUGACCAUCUCUGGACCCCCCGGGCCUCCUGGACCACCCGGACCUGCUGGAUCACCGAGUAGCACAGCAUCUCUGAAGACAUUUUCAACCCGUGACAGUAUGAUGCAGCACACGCUGAGGGACACAGAGGGAACUUUGGCAUAUGUCACAACGACAGGAAGUCUCUUCCUCAAGGUUUCCCAAGGAUGGAAAGAGAUACAGCUUGGAAAUCUGAUCUACCUCUCCAGUAACAUCAUACCACAAGAUGAGCCUCGAGUUGCAUAUCACAUAGGAGGAAACACAAUGGAAAGAAUAACUUCAGUUAAACAGAGGCUCAACUUGGUGGCCUUGAACCAGCCCCACUCAGGGGACAUGAUGGGGCUUGACAUGGCUGACCGGAUGUGUUAUGAGCAGGCCAAGGCAAUGGGGUUGGCUCCAAACUACCGUGCCUUCAUUUCAUCCCACAAACAAGACUUGGUCUAUGUGGUCUAUCCUGGAAUUCGGGAAACUCUGCCAGUAACCAACCUCAGGGGAGACGUGAUGUUUAGGAACUGGCAGUCAAUUUUCAAUGGCGAUGGAGGGACUAUCAACACCAGGAUACCCAUCUACUCCUUUGAUGGCCGGGAUGUUUUAGCUGACCCAUUCUGGCCUCAGAAGAGCAUCUGGCAUGGCUCCACCAGCACGGGUCUCAGAGCUAUGGACAAACACUGUGAGACGUGGCAGACAGACCACGUGUCUGUCACAGGCCAGUCAUCUAGCCUGAUCUCAGGUCUGCUCCUGGGCCAGCAGACACGGAGCUGUUCCAACGAACACAUUGUCCUUUGUAUUGAGACCCACAAAAACCCUUAAAUCUGCACUGAUUCAUUAAUGAUGAAUGCACCAACUUUAACUUUUAUUCAAGAAAAGUGGACUCAAUUCCAACGGGUUACAUUGUAAUUUAGCCCACUGUACAAAAAUCUAACUUACAGUAACACAAAUGGCUUCAGAGUCACCCGGGUAUGUUAAUAAUAAGAUGUCUCUUCAAUGUUCAAAAGAUUUUAAAAGCAGAGACCGAGGGUGCAUGGAUGCAGGAAUGUGCACUAGUCCUCAAACAUAAGUUUGUGUAAGUUACAGAUUUCCAAAGAGAAAUUGUCUAUUUUUAUUGUUUUCUUUACAGAUUGUCAUUUAAGCUUUUAAGACAUUUUUAGGAAUUUUACUAAAUAUUUCAUGGACCAGAACUUUCCACAACGUACUUUGUCCCUCGUCCAACAGGACAACCUGACAACCAGUGUUGCCACCCUAAUUUUUGAUGCACUGUAAUUCUUUUUUUUUCUUUCAUUAACAUUAUCUUUGAAUGUGUUUUAAUGUUGUAGCUUUUCAUAAAUCUUGGUGAUCUCACUCCUUUGCAGCGCUGUCUCUUAAAAGGGUAUUUAAUUUAAAUUCAAUGAUUUAUUUAUACUGUCACAGCACAUAACAUGAAAUGGAUUAAAUUUAAGAAUGUAAUAUGUUUGUCAAAUGAAACCUUCUCAUUUGCCUCUUCUAUUUUUUUGUACUUUUUUUUUUUUUUAAAGUUAUACAGUUUUGGAGAAUGUUAAGUCAAAAUGAAUGUUUCGCUAGGAUAGAGAUACAAUUGAAGGAGAAAAAUGUUGAUGCUGAAAUACAUAAAAAAAAUCCUAGGGCAAAGGUGAGAGCACAUGUUUUUGUAUAAAUAUAGGUGCUAAAUUUAAUAAAAAUUCUUUUCAUAAUCUGUUCUGGUUUCAUCUCAGCACAAUGCAGCAAAUAACUGCAGUACUUCUGACUGUAGGUAAUAAUGCCAAAUUUCAAUUAACAAUUAAUAUCCUCCCAUUUGGGGGGCAUUUGAGAGAACUAUAUAUUUGAAAGGUAUUUACCUUUUUGUUUUGUCUACUUUUUUGCAUGUUUAUUUUUAAUUUAUAGUUAAAACAGUUUUUCCUGAACAUCCAUAUAUAACAAGCAUCUUUUACGUCAUUGUCCAAUGAAGUAUUUACGUUUUGAGUUGUACACUUCAAAAUAGGUUAUGUGCUGUUUUAACUUCUAAGCAAACAUUUAACAUCACGUCCCUUACAUUCCUGGAAUGCUUGACUAUUGUUUAAAAUACAGAUGUUAAUAAAUGUUUUGCAUAAUAUAGUGCUAUAAAAAUGAAGAAUUAGCUGAAGCUAACAUACGCAAAAAUGGGUCAAUUAAAUAAGAUGAGAAUUUUAAACCAAUUUGAAAGAAGUGUCACUACAGAAGUUACCUUAUUGAAUCUUUCUGGGUCUUUCUGAUGAAUGUGAUUUGUGAAAAACUAAUUGAUCUUGUGAGGGCAAUUGUGAUGCUUUUAUUCUGCAGAAGGAAUCCCGGAAGAUUUGUAAGCAACAACAAAUACCCAGCGGCCCAUUCUUACUUGGCUGUCUACAAUGAAUGCCAAACAAUACAAAGCGAAAUACAAAGAUAAAUAGUAACACAAUCUAAAGACACUUUAAAAACAGCAAGUGAAAAGAAAUAUAAUAAAAAAAUAUAUGAAUAUAAUAAAGAGAAAACAUAUGCUGCACCAGAAGCUGCAUGUGCAACACUCAGCAAUGAAUGUGCAAUUAUGCAUGUGAAAACUGAGCAUGUGGAAUUACAAGAAGUAAUUCCUGAUCAUAAGCUCCUGUCAGCUGUUUAGGAGCCUGAUGGCAGUUGGAAAGAAAAAGCUUUUCAGUCUAGAGGUCCUGCAUUUCAAGCUCCUGUACCUCUGGCCUGAAGGUAGAGGUGUAAACAGUUCAUGCUGGGGUCCUUGAAGAUGUAGACUCUGCGGUGGGGAGGCGACAGUGACGCGGUGGGUAGAGCAGUCACAGUGACGUGCGGUCAGGG